GGAAGCCGACGGUGUACCGCGGUGCGGUAGGUGCCAGUGCGGAUAUUAUAAAUAGUCUUGGACAGACCCCACUUUUUAUAGCUGCUUUGCUGAACCUUGCCAAAUUAGUAGAUGUAUUACUGGAAUAUGGAGCAAGCCCUAACCACCGUUGUGAAGAUAGAAGUACUCCAGUGCAUGCUGCUGCCUUUUCAUGUAGUCAGUGGAUUCUUAGUAAACUACUUGACGCUGGAGGUGAUUUGCGCCUGAAUGAUAAGGAUGGAAGAAUUCCUCGUAACUGGGCUGAGUCAGCAGGGACGGAACAGAAUUCUCGGAUACUGGAAUUUAUGCAGAGGUGCGCUUCACACAUGAAAGGAAUUGCACAACAGAUUGUCUGCAAUAAUGCACAGCGAAUUGGCAGUUCAUCGCAAACACUGAUUCGGAACCCUUCUAUACUGAACAAAAUUGCUUAUGGAAACAAAGAUCUGCAACUUCUCAGCAUGCCUAAAGCCAGAAGUAUGUUUUCAGAGAGUAUUCGGUGUUUUGGAUUUGGGAAGUUUUAUAUGCAUGGACCAGGACGUUUGGCUUACCUUGCCUCCAUCCCCGUUGUCAAUGAGAAGGAAUUAGUGCAGGCAGAUGAUGAACCAACUUUUUCCUAUCCAAAUGGACCGUACACAACUAUGUCUAAUUUAACUUGGAAUGGAAUCCGUAUCACAGUGAAACAGAUGAACCUUCCACCACACCAAAACUGCAGCAAACGCUUGUCGGCUGAUCUGCUGAUCGCAGAGCAAGAAUACAACAGUAAGCUUCGGCACCCAAAUCUUUUGCUGCUGAUGGCUGUGUGUCAGUCGUCUGAUCUGGAUCAGAUCCGUCUAGUGUACGAGAGGAUUAAUCUUGGUUCCCUUUAUGGUGUUCUGCAUGAGAGGCGCUCAGAGUUCCCAGUGCUGCGCGUGGAAGUGAUUGUACAGAUGCUGUUGCAGAUUACUGAUGUUCUCAUUUAUCUUCACUCACGUGGAUACAUCCAUCGAGCUAUCACCUCUCAUGCUGUACAGCUCGUAUUACCUGGCAUUGCCAAAUUAAGCAACUUUGAAUUCAUGGUCGAAAGCGUCGAUGGAGGAAUAUACAGCGAUCUCUCCCGGUUUCCUGUUCCUCCACAGUUUUACAAUUGGUUGGCACCUGAGGUAAUUCGUGGAAAAUUCUCCUCGGUCAAGUCAGACAUCUACAGCCUCUGCACCUUGAUUCAGGAACUCUUUACAGAUACUGUUCCAUGGGAAGAUAUGGAUGGACUGGCUGUGAAGGAGCUAUUGGGAGCUGGACAUUGUUUAAGUGUAGAUGAACGAGUACCUGCGCCAUACUAUGAUAUUGUCCGAACUGGGAUGCAAGUUAAACCUCGGAAUCGGACUAUGUGUCUUCAAGAUAUCCGGUUUAUUCUGCGAAACGACAUCAAGGACCUGAUUAUCAAUCAGAAACAUGCUUUUGAGAACGUUGAUAGUGAUAUACAGAGCGAAUGUGUUAACAUACCUGUUGGGGCUAGCACAGAUAUUUCUAGCUACAGGAGGCAGCCUGAAUACUUGGAACAACUUGAAAUGGAGAAUACUGUCAGCAGGAGAGAGACUGAGUAUUUGGAACAAGGCCAAAUCAUGUAUAAUGAUGACUAUCAGUAUUACAACAUGGGUCGCCGCACAAGCUUUAGUCCUAAGCAACAAAGCCAAACAAAUGUUGAGGCCGACAGUAAAAUAUCACAGGAGAUUAUAGUGCUGUGUAAUUCUUGGAAAACAGAACAGAUUACUGAUGAUGGGAUUGCUUCCAGGGCACCCGAAAAAGUUUUUCAUAAAGAUAAACUUAGCAGUGGCUACAGUUCAUGGAACAAACCUGAGCAACACAAUAUACCUGAGUUAGCUGAAACCAACCCCAUAAAAUAUGGCAUAGAACAAGCAGAUAUUCUCCAACACUUAAAUGAACUGGACGUUGUAUUAGAGAAAGAAAUUGUGGUUACUUCUGAAAGACAGAGGGCAGGUGAUGGUUUAGAGGCAGAACAGUUACAGUACAGUGACACACGGUAUUCCGCAGUGGAGGACACUGAUGGACAUAGCAGUGCAUGGUUGGAAACAGACACCGAAUAUGCAACAGAAGAGGAAGACAAACAGAAUGAUCCGACUCCAAACAGAUGCUCAAAAUGGACAGUAGUAAAAGAUUCAAGAAGUGAUCAAGACAGGUAUGGCCAAAGCUCUUCCAAUUCACUGAACAGAGCAUGUGAAGAAGAGAGAGAAAUUGCUGCCAAUGUAUCAAUUCAGCAUUCAGUCAGAACCUGCUCAAUCAACAUUCAGGCAUCAAAGAACCUGGUACAGCAAGCGUGUAGUGCACUUGAUCAUGUAAAAAGACGAUGUGACCCUGGGGUUAAUUCAUCACAGAAGUCUGUGGAAAUUGAUAAAAUGAGUGAUUUUCAGCCAUUGGAAAAGGUUCCUUGCAAUAAACCAAGCUAUGAUGAAGUGGACUAUCAUAAAAAAAAUGAAAAGGGGAAUAAAAAGUUUGACUCAGAUAACGAAGGUAAUCUUGUGAUCCCCAUAUCCAUAGCUCCACCAAAACGCUAUCGGCCACCUGUGUACAGAGCGGAGAAGAGAAAUGUGUCUGGGAGAUGUCGCAAAGCAGCAGCAAAUCUUCCAAAUUGGACACAAAGUCAGCAUGCAUCAACAGGGAAAGACAGCACCAACUCUGAGGUUUUGAGAACAUCGGACACGUUUGCCGAUGGGACACAAACUACUUGCUCACUUAAGAACCAAAUUAAUGAAGAAGAGAGUGAUUACAGCUCUGCUCUUGAUGAAAGUUUUAUGCACAGCUCUACUCUUGAUGAAAGUUUCAUGUCUUUGUCAGAGCAAAAGGUUGCAAAAGUCUCCAAGGGUAGGAAGGACCGUAACAGAUGUAUAAUACAUGAUCAGAAUGCAGAGGUCAUACCUGCUCACAAAGGUUGUAUAUCUAUGAGAAUCCCAACAGAGGUCAGCCAGCGAAGAUAUAGAAAGCAGUGUAUUUACCUGUCAGGCAAUGGAGAAAUACGCACAACUCAAAGCACUGUACCAGAGAGAGUGAAAGUGAGACGAAAGAAAGAGACUUACAAUUUCUCAAGUUCAGGAAAAACACAGCAUCAACAUUAUAAAAAAAAACAAAAAAUAAAAGUUGAUCAGAGAACAGGGAAAUCCAACUGGACAGAUGAAGUGGCAGAAGUGGUUGAAAGAAUGACAUCGGGAUAUCUGCCAGUUUCACAAGAGCAACCAAAGGAAAAGGGCCGUAAAAACUCACAGAAUGAAAAUGAAGAGGAGCUCUUCCGUCGUUUUGCAAAUAGAUCCCAGGAAAACAGGGAGCUGAAGGACUACAAUAGAUAUUGUGGGAUAAGCAAAAAAGUAGAGAAACAUCAAUUGGAUUCUAAACUAACGGAACAUGAUCCACUCAACAAUGUCCGAGAAGAGAUGCCGAUGGAGAGUGAUAGUAGUGGAGAUCUAGAGGAAAUUUUUCGAAGUUUUGCAGGACAGAGAGAAUCUGCAGAUGAAAAGCUGUCAGAAAGCAGCAAAGAAGAAUUGGAGGAGAGAACCGACUUGGAUGAGACAUUUAUCACAAAUAGAGGACAAAGGAAAAGUUAUAAGGAGAAUCUGGAACAGUUUUCUACGUCAGAUUUUGCAUUUGAAUCAUCACUUGAUGUGUCCGAUGAAUUUUUCACUCCCAAUCUUCAAUUUGUCUCAUUCAGCUCUAGGAAUUUGGCAAGUACAGGCUUCAGCAAUAUUCAGUAUGCCCAAGAGUCCACUACAAGUUCUGAAGAGGAGUUAGAAAUUACCAGAGAGGUUUGCCAGCAAAAUUUAGAUUCCACGAAACAUUCCUUCAGUUCAGAUUCUGAUGCUGUUGGAGGAAAAAUGGUGAUCCAUAAGGUAAAUGUGGAAAAGAGCAUUGAGAGAGACUGGAGUGGAGUCAGCAAACACAGUUUUACACCUUUGAUCGGGGUUGCCCAAGCAACAGAGAUUGGAAUGGUCACAGCAUUAGACUAUAAUCAUCGAGAACUAAAAGGAACGCUGGACAAACAUGAAGUAUCAAUGCCAGAUAUACAGAACAUCUCUUGUAUUCCAUGUGAUGGCCACUUUGCUGAUGCUAUUUUGCUGUCAAAAACACCUAUGUCAACACAUAUGCCUUUUAAUAACAGUACUCCAUAUUCCAUUAGCCCAGGGAAGAAAUUGUCCCAAAGUCAUCGACUGUAUAAAACUAGAUCUGAACCACUCCUGAUCCAAACUAGUAAGAAUUUAAACACCUCCCUGUGGCCCAGUUGUGAUUCAAGUGCAUCAAUCCCUAGGACAUUUGCUACAGCGUGUGAUGGGACCAGCAAAUUGGAAUCACCCAGUACUCAACGUGAAACACAGUUCUCAGCAACAACUGAAUGGGUGGCACCAUCUGUGCACAGUAUUGCUCAUUCUCCAUUGGGAGUGGUCAAAGCAAAGUUAUCACCAGUCUCUUCCCCCGGUCUAAAAGAUAAGAAUCAUCAAUUUAAUACUAUCUACUUGGUCAACAUGGAAAAAACCUUACAGGUACCUGAGUAUAAUUCAGCUGCAGAGAGUGGCGAGUUAGAAGUUCAUGGAUCCAAAAAAAUGCAUGAGAACCUUUUAUUGUCUGAGGACAAGCAAUGUAGAAAGCCAGGUGACAAGGAAGGUCUCAGUCAGGAAGCAGAGAUGCUGCUAGCACCGAGUUUACUGAGCAGCACACUUGCUGAUGGGCAAGUCAUCACCUUUGCAGCCUAUACCGAUAACAGCCACGACAGCCAGUGUUCAGUGGAUGAAAUGAAUUCUGCGUUUAUCAGCAAAGGAAAUGAGGGGAUGGACAUAACUAAUGAAAUGUGCGACAACAAUGAGCAGGAGCGAGAAAAAAUGAAGCAGUUGCCAUUUGGUAUAACAUCAGAUGAGAAUGUUCAGGCCUACGGCAAUGAACAGAAGGAAAGGCUUGCACCAGACAGGCAACAGGAAGUGAGCCAUGGCAUAUUGAGACUUCUCAGUGAUUCUGAAAGGAGCAAAAUACAGAAUAUACUGGAAGAGAGUGAGAGAGCUCAUUCUACGUUGGAUGAUGUUCUGGAGGGGAUACUGGAAUCCCAAGAUCAACCAAAGCAAAAAGUAAACAAGGUUUCAAUGAACAGGAAUGAGACAGCCAAGGAAGAGGUCUUCAGGCCAGAGCAGCUUAUACAGAUGGUACCUCAUAUUGAAGAUUCUGCUCUCAGUGGAAAACAAACUAAGACUGGAGAGGGGGGAGUGGAGGACUCAUUGGAAAGCAGAGCACGAGAAACAAAUGUUUCAUUUGAAAAUGGCGUGAGUGAAGAGAGUUCCAAUAGACAAAGAGUAAACUGGUCCCAACCUCACAGAGUGAUCAUCUUGGAACCAAAUAGCAGCUGAUCAUAAUCCACACAAGGAAUCUCAGUCCAACCAGAAAAGCAGAAUGAGCUUCUGUCUUCCCAUAACCAAUUCCAUUAUAGGUUUGUAAACAAAACCCAUUAAAAGGUUCUUAAACUGUAA